AUGAAUGAAGAAGGACUUGACAGGGUGUUGCUUGCACUCCGAGGACUCCCAACUGUUAUGGAAUGGCUAACCGAAAUAAUUACAGUUCCCAAACAACCUAGGGAGCCAACUGUUGCAAAAAGAAAGAUGGAAUUCCUCUCAAAGUUUCGAAAGCUGGAUCCUCCAAAUUUUCAUGGGAACACUAGCCAUGACGUGUGUGAUGCUGAAAGAUGGAUCAAAAAAGUCAAGAAGUUAUUUGAAACGGUUGGUAUGCCAGAAGAAUUCAAGGUGUGCAUGGCAUCUUCGCUACUUUUUGAUGAGGCUGAUCAUUGGUGGGACAUUAUUAAAGCAAGGCACAACGUGGGAACUAUGACAUGGCAAGUUUUCGAGGAGCAUUUUUAUGCCCAAUACUUUCGGCAGGUUGUUCGUGAGUCCAAGCUACAAGAGUUCAUCAACCUCUCCCAGCGAGAUAUGACAGUUUCGCAAUACGAAAUCAAAUUCUCAGAAUUGAGCCGUUUCGGAUAA